GUCUCUGGUGUCCGGCCCUUCCCAACCUGGCAUCCUCAGCUUGCCGGUAAAAAAGGAAAAGCUCAUGUCUUGGAAGACACACCGCAACAGGACUUGGAACCGUCCGGACCUGAGAUCAGUCAAGACCAAACCCUGUGGUUGAACCCAGCAUUUGGCAUUUUGCUGAAGGUGAUGUUGAUGACAGGCAUGCGCAAUGGAUCCGCCAAGUACGCAGAUUGCAGUCGUUUGUGCACUUUGCCAAACUUUAUGAUGCAGAUUUGGGAAGCAGCCAUUCUCUUGCGCUGUGGGGGUCUAUCAUCCGUGCCAGGGGGUUCCUCCCGAACUUUAGUGACUGGUGGCUGCAAAGCCAGUUUCGAGUCCACGGAGCUCCUGCCAGACUGGUGUGAGCAGCCGUCUGCGAAACGUGGCACGCCCACGGUGAAGGUACCUGCGCCCGGCAGCUUUGACGAUCGCGAGAAAAUGUUGGAAUGGCAAUGGCUGUCUGCGGUGACCAGU